AUGGCCUUGACCCGAGACUUCGGGAGCUCCAUAUGGAGCACAAUUGAACCAUACACUGGUCUUGUGAAGCGCUGCCCGAGCCAGUCUCAAAAGGGGGGCUGGUGUAUCAAAAUUGUGACCGGAGCAUCGACUCAACUCGGUAACGGCGAAUGGCACCCAGCGCGCAGUAUGCUAAGCCGUGCCUAUCUCAAUGCCUUGUCUAGUCCAUUCCGGGCCAUGCCAGGACCCGGUGCGGUCUAG